CUGGAAGUGUCAUCGCUAGUUGGAAACAAACAAACAAAUGCCUGGAAAACUAAGGCGGUGAAUUUUUAAAUUAAACCCGAAAAACCACAAAAACUCAGCUAAACUAUGACCCAAAAGGAUAUUAAUGUGGUGCUAUUAAACUACCACAACCGAUUACAGCGUAUGUACGACAAACAAAACAGCAUGGAGCUCCGGGAGAGAAGAUUGACCAAGGAAGUCUCCAAAAUCCAAGACAACUUCAUGGCGAUCAAAGAGGCUUGCAUGGAGCAGCAGCGAGACUGCAAGGUGCAAAAGGUACUUCGGCAGCGUCGCCACGAGAUGGAGGAGCGAGUCGCGUUCGAGAAGCUGCUGGCCGAGGAGCUGGAGGACACCAGACAGCGGAACCUGUCCAUGAGCGAACAGCUGAAGCAGCAGAGGUCGCAGAAAAGGCAGAUCAGCAACGAGCUCAUGGAUUGCAUUCACACGCUGAAAGAGACAACGGGCAUAUAUUUAAAGCAAGAAGCUUUGCCGGCACGUGUGCAAGGUGUCGUUGCACGCACGGGCACUAAUUGCGAUCAGUGGAUACCAUUCGAUCUGGGGGCCACAGAUACCGAGGGAUUUGAGUCCCUGUUCCAAACGCUUCAGAAUGCAAAUGUUGACGUUGAGAAGUGGCGACAGCUCGUCUCGUUGGCAGCGGAUUUCUCGACCACCGAGUCGAGGUCAUCUACCACACCGCGCAAGGACGACGCCAAGUGCAUUCCCAUAAUAGAGAUCGAUCUCACCUCGCCACCAAAUCAAGUCUAACUUCCGGCCUGUACUAUCAGCCCCUUACGCUGCCAUCGGAACUGUACAUCAAAUUUAAAUAGUUGAGGUCAGAAUAAUAGCUCUAAUAUGUAUAACCACUAUUAAAAAUAAGGAACUAUUAAAACUGUAUUAAACUGUAACUAAUCAACAAAA